CCAGAAAGAAAGGAAACAACAGAAGCUAAAAGAAAAAAGGAAAGAAAAAUAUAUACGGAGUUCUGAUUGCCGCCGAAGAAGAAACGCUGUUCAGCUAUCACUGCUCCGUCAAUAGCCGCUGACCGCCGUGCCGCAGUUGUGCCGCCGCCGCGGGGAUCGCCGGAAACAGCCCGACCAAUUGGUUCUUGCUUAGUUUAAUUCGUCUAUUAAUCAAGGUAACAGGAAUGAUGAUUAAUGAGACGAUCUUGGAGGCAGCGAGGGCGAAGAGAUGGAUGGAUGCUAGCUGGAAAUGAGCGAAGCUUCGAACAACCAAAACGAGACCCAUGACAUGGAACAAAACGUGGAGGCUCAACAGGACCCGAUUAUGCCUGCGUUCUUGACGCAAUUUCUGGAGCAAAUGGCGAACGCGCCAAUGUUCCAGCCACUGCCUCCACCGCCUCCUAGGCAAAUCACAUUGAAAACGCUGAAGGACAAUGGUGCUGAAGAGUUCCAUGGGGAUAGGAUCUCUGAUCCCCAGAUUGCACUAGACUGGAUUGAACAGACAGAAAGAGUGUUGAAGAAUCUGAGUGUUCCAGACGCGAGACGUCCUGAGCUUGCUUUCCAGCUCCUUCGUAAGGGAGCAUACGAGUGGUGGAAGCGCGCAGAUGAGAAAGCACCUAAGCCUUGGACAUGGGAGCAUUUUGAUUGGGCAUUCAAGAAGGAGUACAUACCAGCUCGCUUCAGAGAGGAGAAACGCACGGAGUUUAUGGAACUAAAGCAAGGAGACAUUACUCUCCCCGAGCUUCGACAGAAGUUUGACCACCUAGCCCAGUUCGCGACUACGCUGGUAGCCACGCCGGCCGACCGUAUUGAAGAAUUUCGUAAGAGGCUGCGUCCCGAUAUUCGGCCAUAUGUAUCCACCCUAACCACUACAGACUUCUCUAAGGCUUACGAUCUAAUGGCUAAGGCAGAAAAAGACGUUGACGACUAUAAGGCUAGUCUGAAGGCCGAAGAGGCAGGACCAAGUACGCGCCCCACUGCAAAUACGACACCGAAUGCAAAAAGGCCAAUAGGAGAGACGAGUGAGGUAUCUCAAGCGAAGAAAGGCAAGUCAGUGCAUACCCAGCCAGUGCCGACUCAUUCGGUUGCCUCAAGCAGCAAAACCCGACCUACGAAGAUUCCCCCAUGCCCUACAUGUGGGAGAUCGCAUCGUGGUGAGUGCUGGCUCACCCAAGGACUAUGCUUAGGCUGCGGAGAGGAUGGACACUUUCGUAAGAACUGUCCUACGAACCCAGUAGAGCCAUUUCCACCAGCGUCGGUGCGUAACCAAACCACUACGCAGCAACCGGCACAGAGCCAACGUACGACCGCUGGGUCAAACCAGCCAAGAAAUCAGAAUCAGCAAGUGGGAAGGGCUCCAGCCCGCACAUACGCUAUGAUAGGACGCGCAGACCCCCAGGAGAACGACGCUUACGAUGCCGCUGACCGCCGUGCCGCAGUUGUGCCGCCGCCGCGGGGAUCGCCGGAAACAGCCCGACCAAUUGGUUCUUGCUUAGUUUAAUUCGUCUAUUAAUCAAGGUAACAGGAAUGAUGAUUAAUGAGACGAUCUUGGAGGCAGCGAGGGCGAAGAGAUGGAUGGAUG